AUGUUAGGGACCGUGAAGAUGGAAGGGCACGAGAGCGGCGACUGGAACAGCUACUACGCGGACACGCAGGAGGCCUACUCCGCGGUCCCCGUCAGCAACAUGAACUCCGGCCUGGGCUCCAUGAACUCCAUGAACACCUACAUGACCAUGAACACCAUGACCACGAGCGGCAACAUGACCCCCGCUUCCUUCAACAUGUCCUACGCCAACCCGGGCCUGGGGGCCGGCCUGAGCCCCGGCGCCGUGGGCGGCAUGCCCGGGGGCUCGGCGGGCGCCAUGAACGGCAUGACGGCGGCGGGCGUGACGGCCAUGGGCGCGGCGCUGAGCCCGGGCGGCAUGGGCUCCAUGGGCGCGCAGCCCGCGGCCUCCAUGAACGGCCUGGGCCCCUACGCGGCCGCCAUGAACCCGUGCGUGAGCCCCAUGGCGUACGCGCCGUCCAACCUGGGCCGCAGCCGCGCGGGCGGCGGCGGCGACGCCAAGGCCUUCAAGCGCAGCUACCCGCACGCCAAGCCGCCCUACUCCUACAUCUCGCUCAUCACCAUGGCCAUCCAGCAGGCGCCCAGCAAGAUGCUGACGCUGAGCGAGAUCUACCAGUGGAUCAUGGACCUCUUCCCCUACUACCGCCAGAACCAGCAGCGCUGGCAGAACUCCAUCCGCCACUCGCUGUCCUUCAACGACUGCUUCGUCAAGGUGGCGCGCUCCCCGGACAAGCCGGGCAAGGGCUCCUACUGGACGCUCCACCCGGACUCCGGCAACAUGUUCGAGAACGGCUGCUACCUGCGCCGCCAGAAGCGCUUCAAGUGUGAGAAGCAGCCGGGGGCCGGCGGGGGCGGGGGCGGCGGCGCCAAGGGCGUCCCCGAAAGCCGCAAGGACCCCGCGGGCGCGGGGAACCCUAGCGCCGAGUCGCCCCUCCACCGCGCCGUGCACGGGAAGGCCGGCCAGCUAGAGGGCGCGCCGGCCCCCGGGCCCGCCGCCAGCCCCCAGACUCUGGACCACGGUGGGGCCGCGGCGACAGGGGGCGCCUCGGAGUUGAAGUCUCCGGCGUCUUCCUCCGCGCCCCCCAUCAGCUCCGGGCCGGGGGCGCUGGCCUCCGUACCCCCCUCUCACCCGGCACACGGCCUGGCACCCCACGAAUCUCAGCUGCACCUGAAAGGGGACCCCCACUACUCCUUUAACCACCCCUUCUCCAUCAACAACCUCAUGUCCUCCUCGGAGCAGCAGCACAAGCUGGACUUCAAGGCGUACGAGCAGGCCCUGCAGUACUCUCCUUACGGCGCCGCCUUGCCCGCCAGCCUGCCCCUCGGCAGCGCCUCGGUGGCCGCGAGGAGCCCCAUCGAGCCCUCAGCCUUGGAGCCCGCCUACUACCAAGAAGGCAGAUUUCACUGCGACUGUUAGACCUUUCUCUCUGGUUUAACCGUUUUGAAUGAGCUACAACCGAAGAGAAUUUCAAGAGCGAUAAAAAUUAUAAAAUUCUGUUGUUUUGGCAUUUAAAACAUUGAUCUCAGUUCCAUGAAAAUGCUUAUCAAGUUUCUUUAAAAAAAAACUGCAGUGAUCAAUAGAAAUUCUUUUCAUUGCAGACGAAAGUAGAAGCCCUGUAGCCCAAAUUAAUUAACCUUUCCUCUAGAUCAAUUGGUUUUCUGUUGAUUUAGCAGUAAUAUCAUAGAACAUUUAGCUAUAAUGUAUUUUAAUGUGACACUUCAAUAUGUCAAGAGAAAAAACCUCAUUGAAAAAUAAAAUUGCUUUAAUUAUGUAGUAUGUAUUUAAUAAAGUUUUUUAAAUUGCCUUUAAAAUUAA